UCUGUACCGCACACGACACUGACUAGUUAUUGCAGAGUAAUGGAUGAAAGUAACGAAGCAAUACAAGUCCUUGAUCCCGAUUCACAAAAUGUAGAUCCAGCUCUCGGUACCACUGCAGAAGAAUCCGCUGCAUUUGAUCACCAAACUGUUGAUCAGGUCAUGACACAACAAUACUCUAUGUACUGCAUUGAUUUAUCAGGAGAUAUCGAAAAGCGCGUGUCGACGAAUUCGAUAUAUAACGACCAAGACCAGUUCUUUAAAUCUUGCAAAUGGUCUCCAGAUGGAACUUCAGUUUUAGCCAACUUGAAUGACAAUCGAGUUCGAGUAUUUCAACCAUCCACAGAAACAUUUAGUGAGCUUCAAGAUGGUGACCAUCAAAUCAUGGAGACUAUUCAAGCAAAAGAAGCGGAAUCAAUAUACGAAUGUUGCUGGUUUCCACUAAUGAACAUACAAGAACCAGCAUCAUGCUGUUUCCUCACAUCUUCUAGAGAUCAUCCUGUUCAUCUUUGGGACUCCAACACUGGCGAGCUUCGGGCAUCCUACUCGGUGAUUGAUCAUAGAGAGCGGUUUAUGGGUGCGAUCGGUCUAACGUUCAAUCUGGAUGGAUCAAAUAUAUAUUGCGGGUACGAAAAUAUGAUUCAAGUGUUUGAUACUAGCAGACCAGGGCAAGCUAUACACAAGAUCACAACCACCAAGACGCGAAAAAGUAGAAAUGGGCAAAAAGGCAUCAUAUCUAGUUUGGCAUUCAGCCCAGACUACUCAGGGUUACUGGCGGCAGGAACAUACAACAGAAAUAUAGGACUUUACGAUUCAGCAACGGGUCAGCUUUGUUCGGCAUUCGGGGGUCUGGACGGAGGUGUCACACAGGUUAAAUUCUCACCAUCAGGCACCUAUCUUUUCUCUGCUAACAGACAAGAUAACAAGAUAACCUGCUGGGAUAUUCGUAACACUGGUGAUGCACUUUGUCAUUAUACAAGGCCAGGCUAUACGAAUCAACGACUUUCUUUUGAUAUUGAUGGCACUGGGCAAGUAUUAGCGUCUGGAGACAGCGAUGGAAAUAUUCGAUUGUUUGAUAUUUCUGUCAUGAAAGACGAAGGCGACAAGGUGGAGCCCACCAAAUUGUUGCGAGGUCAUGAUGAUCUGGUUUCUUCUGUGUCCUUUAAUCAGGUUUAUCCUUUGCUUGCUUCCUGCUCUGGACAGCGGAAAUUCAGUAUGAAAAACGAUGAAUCAGACGACGAUGAGAUGGAUGGAGAUGAUCAAGACCAACUUAACAUAGAUAACUCCCUGAAGCUGUGGCAUCUGCCCGGCUCAUGGAUGACAUAUGAAUCACAGCAAAUGGAGAUGGAAACCGCAUGAAGCAACACACACUUGAUAAUAUAAAUCCUCAACUCAUUCAACUGUACUGUACUAUGCUUCAACAUAUCAUUGUUCUUU